AUGCAUGAUUAUGUGGUCAAUAUUGAACCGGAGAACACAAAGUACUCGUUAUUCCAAUCACAUACAAAUUCAGUUGUUUUUCUUGAAAAUGGAGCUGAGAUAACUGCGAUGUGUUCAUUUUCAAACUUACUUUUCGUGGGAACAAGCAAAGGUGUAGUAUUUCAACUAGUCUUUCAAGAGUUAUAUGCUGAUGACACAUACUUUCAUUAUCGUGAUGUUUUGUCCAAAAGAAUAUGCUCCAAAGCAAUUUCAAGACUUCAGACAUCCUCCAAAAAGAGUACAAUUGCUAUAGCUACUGAUGAGGAUCUCUUAUUACGUGAUGCUGAACAAUUAGAGACUUUGAAUUUUAUCCCAUCGUUUAAAACUGUUUCAUCAUUUCAUCUGUGUUCAUUCGAUGAUGAAAAAGAAAAGCUUUGUAUUGGCUUUAAAUCAGGUCUGAUUCAAGUGCAUCAUAUUCUUGUGUCCACAUGUGUUCUGGUUUUUGAAAUGAAGCUAACAGAAAUACCUAAGUGUAUUUGUUUAUCUCCACAAUUUCUGUGUGUCGCACUGGAUAACUGUUAUGUAUCAAUAAAUUUAAGUACAAGUGCUACUGUAGAACUAUUACGAUCAGUUAAAGAAUCAAUACGCAACUAUAUAGCUUAUUUUAAUCAAAAUGAAUUCAUUGUUUCAGGUCCUGGAUCAUUGGCUAUCAUAGUUGAUGCUAAUGGUGUCUCUCAUCGAGCACCACUUCAAUUAUCCUCAAAUGUGAUAGAUGUUUUUGUAUGGAGAAAUUACUUUUUUACGGUCACUGACGAAUUCUUCACUAUUCAUAAUAUCCUAACACAAUCUCAACUACAAACUGUCAAUCUUCAAAAGUCAUCUGUAGCUUGUUUUUCAACGGAUGCUCACCUAGUUUUCAUUAUUAACACAUCGUCGUAUUCUUCGGAUGAUUCAAGUAUAAAAAUUCACUGUUUAGGUCCAGAGCGUUGGGAUCGUGUUGCACGUAGAUUCAUUCUAACUGGUUGUUUGAAGCAAGCAUUCAGUGUACAACAAAAUGAAAGGAAUCGCCUUUCUCAAGUUAUGCAAAUUCAAGUUGAGAAAUUCAAAAGUGAACAACAAUUAUUUAAUAUGAGACGACAACGAGUACUUGGUCUUUUAGGAUUUUAUUAUUUUGAGUUAGCUGAUUUAAAGAAAGCUGCUUACUACUUUGAAGAAAGUAUCAUGGAUAUACGUGAAAUCCUGUUUCGAUACACUGACCUUUUACCUAAAGGCUGUUAUUUUAUGCCAAAUUGGUUCUACAGAUUACAUUACACCAGCGAUUCAACACCCAAUGAUGAUAGGGAUGGACAAACCUCCGGAAUUAAUUUAGUCACUGAUUUAUGCAUUUUAAGAGCUGCAGAAGAUUCGGACACUGGUCAUGACCUAUCGUCUACUUCAUUAUGGCUAUCGAAAUAUGAACAAUUUCUAUUCAACUUUUUACGUAAAAAUCAUAAAAGUAAAUUCGUUGAAAAAUAUUUACAUUUUGUAGAAACGGCCUUAGUUAAACUGUAUGUUAGAUUACAGCAGUCUGGUAUCCAACCGUAUUUGUAUGAAUUAAUCAUUGAUCCAAAAACAUCUUAUGAUAAUUGUGACCAGUCAGCAAUUGGGCUUUCUUCUGUAAUUCAACAAUCAAGUGAUAAUAAUGAUGGUCAAGGAUUAGUUGAUCUUAUCUCAAGUCUGAUACAUAUUGAUGUAGAAGAUUUAAUUGUUUACCUGGAAAAGAACAAUGCUUAUCAUGCUUUGGCGUUGAUAUAUCACUGGCAGGGUAAUCUUUUUGGUGCACUAGAAAUAUGGCGAAAAUUAGUGUAUAAUGAACUUAGUGAUCCAGGUUUCCCGGGAGUACCAUUUUAUGUACUAAUUUUAUCACAUUUAUCUGCGACUAAUUCAACUGAUUCCUCGAAACAAAUGUUGCCCGGUGAAGUUUUGCACUCAUCAAACGAUGUGAAUUACGAGUUUCCUGUGUAUACUGAACUAGUGUGGAAUCAUUUUCUAGAAGCUUUAAAUACAGGUCAUGAAAUGAUAGCUGGAGAACUUAUGAUUCGUUUUCCAAUCCCUGUUAAUUAUAUUAAUUCACGUUGUGUAAUACCAUUUGAUCAGUUCAAUAGUAAUGUAAACGCUGUCGAAAAUAUGCUAGCACCAUCACAAAUUUUAUCCCCUAAUCAUAUUAUCCAAAAACUUCUUUCUUCUCAUCCAAAUUUGGCGAUUACUUAUCUGAAACAUUUAUGCUGCUGCCUGCCUAACUGUCAUCCGGAAAAUCACAAUUUGUUAGCCAAACUCUAUUUAGAUGCUCUGUUUAUUAAACUGAAGUCUACGGAUGUUUUAUCUGAUCAAACUGAUAGACAGAUUCGUGAAUUAAGAAUUGAGUUUUGUCAAUUGAUACGCUACUCACUGUUGAUUUCACAUGAAAUCUUAUUGAAUCGUUUGCUUAACGAAAGUCUCUCAGUGCAAAAGAAGCUGGCAUAUGAAUUAGCAAUACUUGAAGGAAAGGUUUAUAAUCAUACCAAAGCACUGAAAUAUCUUAUCAAUGAUAUGAAUGAUUAUAAAGCUGCCUUGUACUACUGUCUUACGUUCAGUCAACAACCUGUACAGCAUAAAAUAGGUGAUGUUGAUGCUAUUGCUUCUGCAAUGGUCCAUGGCUCUACAGCUGAAAGGUGGUCACCUGCUAUCAUCCAGCUGGAAGAAAAUUAUGAUAAUCAAUCAAUGCCUUCUAUGUUAUUCACAAGUUUUAUUGACAUCUGUUUUGAUAAACUUGAUGCUGAUUUAAAUGAUUCCUGUGCUAUCAAAGGUAUAAUUUUAAGCCUGUUGAAUAAUUCCAAAGUGAAAUUCAACUUCACCAAGGUGCUAUCUCGUGUGCCAUCUGGUUGGAAUCUUUUGGAAAUAGGAUUUUUUCUACAAAAGGCUUUACGAUGUACACUACGUCAGUGGUCAGAACUUCAUCUUGAGUAUGCUUUAACUAAGUGCAAUACUAAGCCAGCUGCUCUUGACCUUCCUAAAGCUUCUGAGUCAUUAGUGAUUCAAGAAAACACUGCCUGUUCAAAGUGUCAUCAACUGAUUAAUGUUAACGUUCCAUCUUAUAAUUUCGCUUGGCUUGUCUCAGAAAAUAAAGUUGCUCACAUUACAUGUUUGUCCAUGUCUUUAGUUGAAUAA